CAAGCCGCCCCAAGAUUCCGUUCCGUUCCGCCGGCCGGAUAAGGGAAGGAGACGAGACCUCCCCUGCUCUACUCCGCCACGCCGCCGACGGUCACGGCCCGUCGUCCAUCCUUCUCCAUGGCGUCGCCGCACCUUCCCUUCCUCUCCUUCCCCAAAACCCUACCGCCACCACCUCCACCGCUCAAGCCCCACGCCCACCGCACCUCCCUCGCCGUCGCCGCUGCUCCUGCUCCCCCGCCCGCCCCGCCUGACGGCGCGGGGCCCGCCGCGCCCACGCGUGGCGACCGCUUCCUCGGCCGCCAGCUGGCCACCGAGGCCGCCGCGCGCGUGCUCGCGCCCGACGACGCCGACAGGCGCCGCCGACGCAAGGAGAAGCGCCGGGCACUGUCGCGGAAGCCCUCCGGCCUCGCCUCUUGCUACGGGUGCGGCGCCCCGCUGCAGACGGCGGAGGAGGCCGCGCCGGGAUACGUAGACCCCGACACGUACGAACUGAAAAAGAGGCACCACCAACUGAGAACCGUUCUAUGUGGAAGGUGCAAGCUGCUCUCUCAUGGCCACAUGGUCACUGCUGUUGGUGGCCACGGCGGUUAUCCUGGGGGCAAGCAGUUUGUUUCUGCGGAACAGCUCAGGGAGAAGCUGUCAUACCUCCGUCACGAGAAAGCACUGAUAGUCAAAUUGGUUGACAUCGUUGACUUCAAUGGGAGUUUCCUGGCACGAGUACGUGACUUUGCUGGUGCAAAUCCGAUUAUUCUUGUGAUAACAAAGGUUGAUCUCCUUCCCAGAGACACUGAUUUGAAUUGCAUAGGCGACUGGGUUGUCGAGUCAGUUGUCAAGAAGAAGCUUAAUGUCCUUAGUGUCCAUUUGACAAGCUCAAAGUCACUGGUCGGUAUCACAGGGGUUAUAUCAGAGAUUCAACAGGAAAAGAAGGGCCGAGAUGUAUAUAUACUGGGUUCUGCAAAUGUUGGGAAAUCUGCAUUUAUCAGUGCAAUGCUAAGAACAAUGGCAUACAAGGAUCCGGUGGCAGCGGCAGCUCAAAAAUACAAGCCUAUACAGUCUGCUGUUCCUGGAACAACCCUUGGCCCUAUUCAAAUUGAAGCAUUUUUAGGCGGAGGGAAAUUGUAUGAUACACCUGGAGUCCACCUUCACCAUAGGCAGGCAGCAGUUAUCCAUGCUGAUGAUCUGCCUUCUCUUGCACCACAAAGUCGUUUGAAAGGGCGAUGUUUUCCCGCUAAUGAUACAGAUGUUGAAUUGAGUGGGAAUUCAUUAUUCUGGGCUGGGCUAGUCCGCAUUGAUGUUGUCAAGGCUCUUCCACGCGCACGGCUGACAUUCUAUGGGCCCAAGAAGCUAAAGAUUAAUAUGGUCCCGACAACAGAAGCAGAUCAAUUUUACGAGACUGAAGUUGGAGUUACAUUGACUCCACCAACUGGUAAGGAGAGAGCUGAAGGAUGGCAAGGGCUUCAAGGUGUUCGCGAGUUGAAGAUAAAGUAUGAGGAACGUGACAGAUGGAGGAAUAUCUUGUCUGGAUAACAAGUGAAAUGGGAGCAGUUGCAUUUUUGUAUAGUACUAAUUUAAGAAGGUGAUUCCUUGAUUACUGGGCUUAAGAACCUGAUCUGUAGGCCUGCUUGUGACAUCGCGAUCUCUGGGCUUGGGUGGAUUUCUGUGGAGCCAUCAGGCGUGCCCUCAAACAGCUCUGAUGACAAUGUCGAGGAAGAAUACGAUGGCGGUGAGCUGCAUCUGGUAGUACAUGUACCCAAACCGGUUGAGGUCUUCGUCCGCCCCCCAUUGCCUGUUGGUAAAGCAGCGUCGCAAUGGUACCAGUAUCAAGAGCUCACAGAGGAAGAAGAGGAGUUGAGGCCUAAAUGGCACUACUGAUGCUGCUCUGGUUCUCUACCUAUUUCUCUAGCAGUAGUACAGUUUUGUGUAAUCCAAAUAUUUAGCACAAAGUUAUAUGCUAUGAUGAGAUGAUGUUGGCACGACUAGUGUUAGGAUCAGGUGAUAAGGUGGAUUCAGAAAACAAAUUUUGAAUAAAUGUCUCUAGUGUCUAUCUAGCACAUGCUUCAGAAGGCCAUGAGGAAAAGAAUCCUCCAGUACGUGCUGUACAUGUACUCUAAAUGAAGGAGCUUACCAACAAGCCAUCGAAGAGAUUCAUAACAAUUAGCAAUUUAGGAGCUGUUUAAUUC